AUGAGUAGAUUGGGAUGGAUGUUAAGGAACCCUGCAUACCUUGGAAGUCCUGAGGAUGAAGAUGAGAAGGGGAUUGAUCCUCUGGACCUAACUCCACUGGAGAGCAGUUCAGCUUCCAUUGCUACAGUUCCAGCAGAGGAAGAGGAUGCAGCUGAGGAAAAGAACUUUCCAGCUUUGGAAUCUGAUCAUUCUACAGAAGAUGAAGCAGCCCUUGCUCAGCUAGAAGAUGGAGUUAAACAGCUUGACGUGAACAGGAAUUCCAAGGAUGAGGACAGCCUCCAGCCUCUUGAGGAUUAUGCCAAGGAAUCAUGUUGGUCCUUUGAUCCAUGGGUGAACAGAAUGGAACCUCCAUGGAACCAUUGGUCAGAGGAACUAGAUAUCCCAGACACCACCAAGAAGGAUAGUAAAACCAACCAAAAAAAUUUGGUGGAGUUCUGGGGUGCUGAGGAUAUCUGUAGGAAGAUGGGCGUUCCUUUAAGCACGAAAAUUUUCUACACUGUGCUUCCAUGGUUCAUAGCAGAGAAGGCAAGCAAACAAUGCCUGGUGGUGGUUGAUGAAUAUGGAGAUGGUAUCCUACCUACAUUAAGAAGAAGUAAAUUGUGUUUGUCACCACCAGAAACACAAGAACUCCUGAGGUUAGAUAAGUACAGCACAUUACAAACUGAAGAGAUCAUCAUAUCUUUACACCCAAAUCUAGUGGGAGAUUCUAAAUUUGUUGACGGAUUAAACAUAGACAAGACAUUUGAAAAACAUUUUCUAUCGAAUAUAUUGAGAAACUCAAGAAAUAUUUGCGAAUAUAUUAAGGAUUUCGGUGACACUGGUUUUCGAAGUAGCAAACUUUCAACAGUAUUAGGAUAUAAACCAGAGCUGGUUAAGGGGGAUAUGGACAAUCCUAGUUAUUACAAGGAAUCCAUAGAUGCUAUAAAGAAGAAAGCAGACAAAUUUAUUUGUAUUAAGAACAAAAAGUUUAAUUUCUCUCUCUUUCAAGAACAGCUUAAUAAGAGAGAAAUUAAACUGUUCAGAUAUGAUAAUGUAGAACAUGAUAGUGAUAAACUAAAGGAUUUUAUAAAAUCUGAUAGUGGUUGUCUGUUAACCAACUAUGUACUAGCUAGAGGAACAGAGUGCCAAUCUCUGUUAAAUUAUCAGGAUGGUACCCCUAGUUUCUCUACGCUAAGGUGUACAGUUAACCUUGUAGACUGUAUCCCACAGGGUGGUGUAGAAGUGUUCUCCCCGGGACCAGGACUCCUCACUAUACGAGGAUCCCCGGGAGAUCCUACUGUAUACACCCAGCUCAAGGUUGAGUUAAACAAGACACCGUAUAACAAAUCUAACAAGUUUGUUUUUCUUCUUGGUGAAAAACUUCCUCCAGGAGUAGAAAUAAUCAAGAAAGAAUACAAAUUUCCAAAUACUAAGGAAGAGUUUGAUAAACACCUUGAUAGUAUAGAGCAGGGUUGUAUCAUAUAUUAUUAUGAUGAAACAACAAAUAAUGAUCAGGGUACUAAGCAGCUUAUUUUAUGGUUGAGGGAAAUAUCAGUUCCCUUCAUAUAUUCAAGGUGUUUUCCAAACUUUGUAAUCAUACUCUUGUUUGAUCAGGAUACAAUGUUCCCAUAGUAGUUUCCUUUACAUGUAGUUUAUAUAAAGCUAGCUCAAGAUCCCGACGUUGCCCGUGGAAAAAAAAUUAAAAAUUUCGAUUUUGUUUUAGCCUAUCA